ACCCACUAAAGAAAGAAAGAAAGAGCUCGCGUGUGAUGUGUUUGUGUAUCCUCAGUGUUUUUCUCUCUUUAGUGUUUUAAACAGAGUCUUCUCUCUGUGUAUUUUAGUGUUAAUGAUGAGAGAUGAGAUGUGCUGUAAAUCAGUAGGAACUGAUCUGUCCAUGCUGGAUAUUGAUGAUUUCAUCACAGAAAUCUCUCAGCUGAAGAAAGAGGUGGCGUUACUGGAGACAAAGCUGAGGUUAAGAGGAGAUGAAGGACUGAAGAGAGAGGAUGUGGAUGUGGUUUGUUGUGAAUCUUCCACACAGGACUCCGAGCUCAGUCUGACUUUACUCUGUUAUACUGAGUCAAAGCACACAGACGCUCAGGACACUACAGUGUGUGACAGUAAUCAGGACUUACAGGAUGAUGAAUCUACUGAUCAAACCUCCACAGAGUCUCUGGAUUCUGUCUGUAACGCUGGAGAACAGCAGCAGAUCCUGCAGACCAAACUCAAGAUGUGUUCAGUCAAACUCACGGACUGCUCGAACCUCAUGAUGGAGAUAAAAACUGAACCCACAGAAGAGGAAGAUCACACUGAAGAGGAAGAAGAAUAUGUUGAAGACGAUGACGAUGAUGAUUUUAUUCCUUCAGAUGAGAAAAGUGAAUCAUGUUCUGAUGGAGAAUCAUCCAGAACAUCAAAGGAGCGACCGACGGCACAAUCUUUUUCCUGCAUCACCUGUGGAAAGACAUUCAGCUCACAGAGACGUUUAGAGACACAUGAGAGAAAACACACCGAACAGAAACUCUUCACCUGCAGGAAAUGUGAGAUUAACUUUACUAACUUACAAGAACAUAAACGUCAUCAUUCAAAAGUGCACAGAGUGAAGAAGAAGCGGGAGUAUCACUGUGAGCAGUGUGAUAAAGUUUAUUCCUCUCUUUCUAAACUGAAAGUUCACAUGAGGACACACAGUGAGGAAACACAGACAUUCAGCUUAGAGAAACAUGAGAGAAAACACACAGAUCAGAAACUCUUCACCUGCAGGAGAUGUGAGUUGACCUUUACUACUCUAAGAGAGCUGAGACUUCAUUCAAAAGUGCACAGAGUAAAGAAGCACUGUGAGCAGUGUGGUAAAGGUUAUCUCUCCUCUACUAGUCUAAAAGUUCACAUGAUGACACACAGCGGUGAAAGACCGUUCCACUGCAGUAAAUGUGACAUGAGUUUCAGAACCAGGGAUACUCUUAUUGGUCAUGAGAGAAUUCACACGGGAGAAAAACCGUACAAGUGUCCUCACUGUGAGAUGAGUUUCAGCCAAAAAGCCUAUCGUAAGAAACACGUGUUUUUACACACCAAUGAGAGACCGUAUCAGUGCAAUCAAUGUGACAAAGCUUUUAGGGAUUCAGGUUGUCUAAAGUCACACCAAAAAACACACUCUGAAGAGAAACACUAUCAAUGUUCACACUGUGAUAAACGUUUCCGUUAUAAAUGUCAUCUGAUAUGUCACGAGAGGAUUCACACUGGAGAGAAACCUUACCUCUGCUCUCAAUGUGGAAAGGGAUUUGCUGAUCCAAGUACUUUUAAAGAGCAUCAGAGAGUUCACACUGGAGAGAAACCUUAUCCGUGCAGUGUUUGUGGAAAGAGAUUCAAGCGACAUUACGGUUUAGUGUCACACCGGAGAACACAUACAGGAGAAAGACCUUACAAGUGCUUUCUGUGUGAGAAGACGUUUACUCAAGCGGUUCUCCUGAGAAUCCAUCUGAGAGUUCACACUGGAGAGAAACCUUACGUCUGCUCCAUCUGUGGAGAGAGAUUCGCUAAUGUAGGACCUUUUAAGACUCAUCAGAAGAAACAUGUUCAAAGCGACCUAAACUAUGAGAGAGACUUUGUUAAAAAAUAACAGCCAAAUGUCAGAACAGCAGUAUAAUUGUACAUAAAAGAUAUAACUAACACCGUUUAGCUUUAUGGUAGAUUUUGUAUUACAUUUGCAUGAGUAUGUGUAGAUUGAGUAGUAUACCUACGUAAAAGUUCUAUUAGUUAAGUUAGAAAUAGUUAACUGCUUGCUGUGCAUUAAAGGUGGUGUGUGUAAA